AGCGUGUUGUCAUUGGUUGUUAUUGUGGUGAACGAUCCUUAUGAAGCUCGUACGGUUCUUGCAGAAGCUCAACUCGGAGACAGUUACUGUGGAGUUGAAGAACGGCACAGUGGUUCAUGGGACCGUCACUGGUGUGGAUGUGUCGAUGAACACGCAUAUGAAGAACGUGAAGGUCACAGUGCGCGGCCGCAACCCAGUGGGCAUGGACCAUUUAACCAUCCGCGGUAGUACUAUCCGUUACUUUAUCCUCCCUGACCACAUCCCUCUGGACACUUUACUGAUUGAUGAUGGCCCGAAGAAUAAAGCUGCCCGUGAUAGAGGUUUCGGUAAAGGGAAGGGUAAGGGAAAGGGCAAGGGUAAGGGUAAGGGUAAAGGUGCCCGAUAAGAAUUGAACGUCUAAGGCGGCGGACUGGAUGGAGACUAACGUUAAGCCUCGACUUCAUCCCUCAUGUGGGAGUGCCAUCAGUAUACACCAUUGCCACUGCUCUUCAACCAUAGAGGGAUCUAGUCUGUAAGCUCGUACCCUAUAUAGACGAUGACGAAGUCUCGCU